AUGUCUAUAUCGUUCAGACUUAAUUUGGACUAUGAGAACAAGACGAAUUUGACUGUAAGCAUCGAGGUUUUGCAAACUGUACUUGGUGCCUUGGUGAUCUGCGCGAUUUUGAUUAGCUAUUGCAUCGAACAGAAGUCCUUGGUGCGAAUCGCCAAUCGAUUAAUCACCAUCGAGGAUGAGAUAGAUCGUCUGUAUAAUCUAUAUCAUCCGCUACGACGACAGCGUAUCUUCUGCAUUAUAAUCAUCGUUUGCAUCUUGAAGGUUUUUCUACUGAUACUUCUCCUGUUCACUGAGAUCCUGGCCUUCCAUACGGGCCCAGUCUCAUGGCUGACAGACGUUUUGCCGACAUUUCACGUGGGUUGGCUAUUGAUACAGUACUUCCUGUUGGCGACGGUCAUUCAGACAGAUUUUGCUGAUGUGAAUCGAGCGAUACAAAGCCUCACCAGAAUCAAUACACCUGAUCUUCGACUGCAGUCUCUCUAUCAAACUCGUCGUAUCGUAGUCAACAAUUCGACCGUUCAUCAACUGUUGCAAUUGCGAGAUGUGCAUUGUCAUCUCUGUAAAAUCUCUGAGGAUGUGUCAAGUUUCUAUUCACUACCAGUACUAUUCGGAAUCGUUUUUCUCUUUCUGACACUCGUAUAUAAUGGUUACUAUCUUCUCUCGCCUCUGUUGAUGACUGAUAAUAUCUUAGAAUAUGAAACUCUUAGUAAUACCAUCGUCUGGAUAAUAUUUCUGAUUUAUCCCAUUUCUCUCCUUACCAAUAGAAUUACCAGGAUUUUAAUCGAGGUAGGAUAA